AUGUACGUGGCGGUUUUCGUUUGCCUGGCGGUUAAAGCGGUACAUUUCGAGAUCGUUCCCGACCUCACGACGGCCGCAUGUAUCAAUGCUAUCAAACGGUUCGUAGCUCGACGCGGGCGAUUAAUCGAGCUACAUUGUGAUAACGCGACAGCUUUCGUCGGAGCUGAUCGCGAAUUGGCUACGUUACGUCGGAAGUACCUCGACCAGUUCAAGUCGAAUGAAUGGAAGAAUUAUUGCGUCGAUUCUGGGAUAAGCUUCUUCUUCAUUCCGGCUCGUUCCCCGCACUUCGGGGGUUUGUGGGAGGCCGGAGUGAAAUCAUUUAAAUUUCACUUUCGUCGUAUUUUUGGUGGACAUUCUUACACUUUGGACGAAUUUUCCACGGCAACUAUCCAUAUUGAAGGCAUCCUGAACUCCCGGCCUCUCACACCCUUAACGGACCACCCAGAUGACCUUGCUGUUUUGACGCCCGGUCAUUUUUUAAUUGGAGAACCAAUGUUUUCGAUUCCAGAACCUGAUGUCACUAAUAUAAACACGAAUCGACUUUCUCGUUUACAGACAAUGCGACGCUCUGUACAGGAUUUCUGGAAUCGGUGGUCCAGAGACUACGUCAGUCAGCUUCAUCAACGCUCAAAGUGGAAAAGGGCAACCACGAACAUUCAGGUGGGAGCCUUAGUCUUGCUGAAGCAGAGUAAUCUUCCUCCAUUCUUGUGGAAUCUUGGCAAAAUCGUGGAAACGUACGCCGGCCAAGACGGACUAGUUAGAGUGGUUCUCGUGCGGACGAGUCAUGGACACUACAAACGAGCUGUGACGGAGAUCAGUGUACUACCAAUAGAUGCCACAGACGAUGCUGUCAAUACUGAAGAUCAACAACCAACAGAUAAGCAACUACCAGAGCAGCAAGGUUGA